AUGCUUACGGUAUCGGCACACAAGUUGUGGGAUGAUGACACCUACGAAAAUGCAGCCUCUUGGGACGGAUACCGUUUUUAUAAGAUGCGCGAUGAUCCUCAGCGACAGUCACAGGCACAACUUAUUACAACCGCCCCGGAGAACUUGGCUUUUGGACAUGGCAAACAUGCAUGUCCUGGACGCUUCUUUGCUGCCAAUGAAGUGAAGAUUGUAUUAAUCUUUCUCCUCCUACGGUAUGGCUGGAAGCAGUCAGAAGGGAUGGUACCAAGGAUCUUUUCUGGUGGGUUUGGCAUGGCACUUGACCCGACUCUGAGAAUAGAGGUUAGAAGGCGUCGUGAGGAGAUGGAAAUAUGA